CCGAGACGCGGUUCUGUAGCCUCUAGGGGGCGGCUGCUCGAUGGCGAAAUUCGUGCUGGCGGGUAGAGCAGAUUGCCCAUAUUAUGCUAAAGCAGAAAUUUUGGCAGACUAUUUACACAAGAAUCUUCCUGAUUUUCAGAUACAUAAAAUCACACAACAUCCUAAUGUUUGGGAGGAAUGGCUGAAAGAUUUGUGCGAAAAGAAUAAUUGGAAUCACAAAGAUUCACCCAUAAUCUGGAGAGAGCUUUUGGAUCGUGGAGGAAAGGGUUUUCUUCUGGGAGGAUAUAAUGAGUUCCUAGAACAUGCCCAGCUUUACUAUGGUGUCACCUCUAGCAUGAGAUCAGAAUUAAUGAAGAUAAUUGCUGAAGAGAACCUGAAGACACAUAUUGAAAAAGAGCUGGAGGAAAAAGCUCCAAAAAUUCUCACCAAGUCCUUGCAUGUUUGGAUUACCAGUGCUUCAACUCCAGUUUGCUGCAACCUCAUUCCCAUCCUAAUAAGUGGUGAAGUGUUUGGAAUGCAGACAGAAAUUAGCAUAACAUUGUUUGACAAAAAGCACACAGAAGAAAACCUCAAACUCCUUAUGGCAGAAGCUCAGAACUUGGUGUCGCCCCUCCUCCAGAGCAUCUCCAUUUGCACGCGGGUGGAGGAUGCCUUCCGCGAGGCGCACGUGGUCAUCAUUCUGGAUGACAGCACCGACAAGGAGAUGGCAACUUUAGAAGACUACAUACGAAGCAAGCUGAUUCUGUGCCGACUCUACGGAUACCUGAUUGAGAAAAACGCCCAUGAUUCUGUGAGAGUUAUUGUCGGAGGAAAAACCUAUGUGAACCUAAGGGCAGUUUUGCUUAUGAGAUACGCCCCAAGCAUCGUUCACAACAUUAUUGCGGUGGCCUUGGGGGUGGAAGGCAAAGCCAAAUCUCUGCUAGCCAAAAAACUGAAAACUGCUCCCUCCUGUAUUAAGGAUGUCAUAAUUUGGGGUAAUAUUAGUGGAAAUCACUACAUUGAUCUGAGACUAACCAAGGUUUACAGACAUGAAGGUGCUAUUUGGGGACCUCCUGAAUAUUCACAUCCUGUUUUAAACUUGAUUUUUGAUAGUGACUGGGUAAAUAGAGAGUUUGUGUCAACUCUUGAAAACUUGAUAAGCACUGGAAAACAAUCUGGAGGCAUCUUAACUGCUCACAGCAUAGCCACAACAUUGAAGUACUGGUACAAUGGCUCACCCCCUGGGGAGAUUGUAUCUUUAGGCGUGCUGAGUGAAGGUCAGUUUGGAAUUCCUGAAGGAAUUGUCUUUUCUAUGCCUGUGAAAUUUGUGGAUGGAACAUGGGUAGUUCUUACAGAUCGUGAAGAUAUUGAAAUAAGUGAACAAAUAAUGGACAGGAUAACAAGUGAUCUAAUUCAGGAGAAACUUACUGCACUUGGAGAAGUAACAAGUUUUCAAGCCUAUAAACCAGACUUUAAAGAUCCCAUAAAUUAUGAUGUUCAGAGUGAAGAGAACGAACCAGUAGUAGUAGUAUCAGAAGAAACUGUGGUAAAAGCCAUGAAAUCAGAAACAGAAGUAAAAUAA